AUGGCGUCCUCCACAAUCCGUCCUUUCUCAUCAAUGGCAUCAUCUCCAUUCGGUGCAACUUUUUCAGCCUUCAAUUCAUCUCGGAGGUUUAAUUCGUUCGAUUUGACCAGAGUGGAAAUGCAGUCACAAACUUUCGGUUAUAAUAAAUCGUGUAAGUUAAUAAGACGUGAAGGAAACGUAAUCUCAACUAAAACAGUCAGUAACAUGUCCCAAGGAAGCACGAUAAGUAGCAAAGAAAGUGCCUUGGAAUGGGUCAAACGUGACAACAGAAGAAUGCUCCAUGUUGUUUAUCAUGUUGGUGAUAUUGAUAGAACAAUAAAGUUCUAUAGAGAAUGCCUGGGGAUGAAACUGUUAAGGAAGCGAGACAACACCGAGGAGAGAUAUACAAAUGCAUUUCUUGGAUAUGGCCCAGAAGAUUCGCACUUUGUCAUUGAACUCACUUACACCAUAGGGACAGAUGAUGUUUAUAAAUCUGCAGAAGCAGUUAAAGUUUUUGGCGGGAAAAUUACAAGAGAACCUGGACCUUUGCCUGAUAUAGACACCAAAAUCACAGCAUGUUUGGAUCCUGAUGGUUGGAAAACGGUUCUUGUUGAUAAUGUUGAUUUUCUGAAAGAGCUAUAA